AUGCCAAACUCCUCCACAUCUUCGGGAAAGCGAGACAUGAAGAACAAUACCGGGUGCCGGGCUGCGUCCUCUGCAGGUAAAACCAGGCCGAGAAAACCAUUCGCCUUCACUCCUGUGCCUCCAACCAACAUCAGGAUCGCGACUCUCCGAGCAACCAUGGCAAGCCAGAACACGGUACCAAAAAAGAAGAAUUCAACAAAUGUUAUCUCGUCAUUCCCAAGCCAACCGUUGCCACAGCAUUGGGUUCCACCCCUGAGGCGCAUACAAUGA